AUGAGUUCUCACGGAAAAGCAGAGACCGACAGACUCAGAAAGAAUUUGGAAGAACAAUUGGAUCGGCUUGUGCAGCAGUUGGAAGAUUUGGAAGAUUGCAGAGUUACUUUAGAUGAGACGGAUUAUCAGGAGUAUAAGGAAGACACCAUGGAACAACUCCGUGAAAUUAACGAGAGUCUGCAAAGAAUGAUAUCUGGAAACAUGACUUUAGUCGAUGAACUUGGAGCAACGCAAUUGGCAACUCAAGCAGCUGUCGGCGCAGCCUUCCAAACCCCAGCCGUGAUAAGAAUGUUUUGUAAGCGGGAGCCUGCCGGACUCAAGGAACGUCUCUCGCAAAUUGAUCGAGACGUGAAAUUAGGGAAACUGAACAAAGAAGCUGCCGACCGCCAACGGGGAGAAAUACUGACCGCUUUAAGGCAACUUGGAGAAGAGUUAGAACCAUCUGAAUUACAGUUGUUGGAGCGAUUAUCUUUAAAUAAUAUAGAUACCACCAGGUAUGUGCAAGUUACUGAAACGGCGGGAAAGGGUAAAAUGGCCCUGGAUGUAGUCGGUAGGGAAGUUAAAGCUACGCAAGAUACUUGAAUUUGAUCAUUAUAACGGUAAUCGUUAUAACAGUCAUAUUAUUUUUAAUUUAUCACUACGUUUUUAAAAAAAGUUUUGUAAGUUUUGUUAAGGAUCUUUCUUAUCGAACAACUUAUAUUCAUAGUGUGUUGAGUGUUCUUAUGCUAGUUUUUUUUUACGUUUCUCCAAGUUUUCAUGAAAAUUAAAAUUUUUACCAAAUUUUAAUCCCACUAGUAAAACUAAAUACUUGCGCCGCUAUAAAUUAAAAUCUAUGUAACUGUGCAAUUGAUUUAUUGUCUAUGGAGCUUGUCUAUUGCUGCUGCAGCAUAGCAGUAAUAUGACAAUAUUAUGAUGGUUAUUUGAUGUGAAGGAAAUAGUUCUCUAUUAUUGAAAUUUCAGAUACAAAUAUAAAUGAGUAAUCAAAAAUAUAAAUAACAAAAACUUAUCGUAUGUAACUUUUAUGUAAUUUUUAGUAUAUAGAUAUGAAUAAUUUUGUUAUUUAAAUAUUUACUGAAAGUGCAACAACAUACAGUGCAACACGUGUAUCGAAUUAGAUUUUAUAAUGUGCAUUAGAUGUAACGUGUAUGUAAAAGCAUCUUGUAUAUUGUUCACAAGAUUGUUACCUGAAGUCAUAAAAUAAAUAUAUCGAUGUUUCUGUGUAA